UCAAGGAGCAUCAACUGAGGUCGCCUGUCUGAUCUCCUCAUGUGAAGCUGAGAAUACAUCUGAGGGAAGCAUCAAGAUGGCGGAACCACAUGAACAUCAAUUUAAAGUCAAGUUCAGUCAACAUCAUGCUGAAGAAUACACCAUUUACUGUGAUCAACCUUGCAGAGUGCUGGAAGCAAUAAAAACAUUAGAUAUAUAUGAGGAAAAGAUUAACUGUGCUGAUGAGAAAAUUAUCAUUCAGAUGGGAAAGGGAGAUAAUGAAUGUAGUAUUGCAACACACUUUCCUUGUUCUUGUAUUGAGGAUAAUGAGGUUCUGACAAUAUCAUGUACAUCAGAAAUAGUUGAAGAAGUUCAACCUGAUUUUAAAAGAUCUGAAAAUAUCUGCACAAAGGAUAGAUAUUCUAUCUUCUACAUUGAUAAAGUUGGAGGAAAAGACACCAAAAGUAAGGAUCUUUUUAGAAACAACGCUGUAAAACAGUUCAAGUAUCUCUGUGUUUAUGGAGAGAAGGGGAUAACUGUGGAGGACGCUCUAAAUAGAGACGGUCGCUUCAUUGAUGACCUUGGUUACUUUAAGCUGUCUGAGAAUGAAAACACCAUAACUGAGUGCACACAAAAGGUUAACAAAAUGGAUAAUAAAAAAUUCAAGAUAUGUCUUCAAAGGCAAAAAAACAAAAAUGCAUAUUCAUCAAUCAUAAAAGUAGCACAGCAGAAGGGAAAACAUGUAAAGAAGAAAGAAACCAAUGGUGAUGCUGAUACAAACGAGAUUGAUGAACUACUGCGUGAGCAAUUUCCAGAUCUGAAACGAUGGAUGGAGAGUGAUGGUGAUUUGUAUAAGCAAGCACUGAAUCUGAGGAAGGAAAACUUCCAGCAGUCCUUCAGUGAAGUUCACAGAGUCCACAAGCUGCUAGAACUGGGAAAGUCAGUUUGUAAAGUCGCUGUUAAGGAUGUUUCUGUUGGAACAGGCUUUGUGCUGUUUGACACUUUCAUCCUGACUAGCGCACAUUACUUUAAAGGUUCUGUUCAUGAAAACAAGCUGAAGGAGAAUGUAGACGUAUUUGCUAUUUUUGACUAUGAAGAUCCUGAAACAGAAACAAAUUUCUACUACUUUAGAGCAAAGGAUACAUUCAUUGACUUUGAUGCUGAUCUAGAUUAUGCAGUUCUGGAGCUCAACCCUGAAGGCUCAAAUCCAACCCUGCAAAAAAGAGCACAGAACAUAAAGGUACCACCAGGGCUGAUCAGCAAGUUCGGUUCACUGCCUGACAAUGAAUGGGUGGCCAAAAAACUGUCCUUUGACACCAUGGAGUCAAAAUGA